UUGGACUUGUUAUUUGUUUUUGGGGGGGACAGUUCUCAACAGAACUCACGUUUCUGACACCCAAAAGCCUAUACACCUCGUUUCAUUUUUAUGGAGGGUUGUAUGUAAAUGGAGAUAGGUGUUUUGGGUUUGUGUGAGGGCUCUUAUUAUGAAAAUAAUAUAAGACCGUGUUGUUCAAAGGGGUGAAAUGUGACUACUGGUGGGAAAUGACGAAGUGUCUGGCAUUUUAGAGGGAAUCUCGAACAGAAAAGCAAUUUAAUUUAGUAUAAUUGUAGUUUGUGGUGUUGACUCCGGCUCAGAUCUUUUUAAUGGUAUGCAUAAAGACUUUAUUACAGCUGGAGAGACAGAUAGUUGACUAGAAAUGCUGUGAUUCUUCACCAAAGUGAAAUUUUGGUGCAUAGGAUGGAGGUGAACUGCAGCUGAGAAAUAAUGCAGAGGACCGUGGCCAGCUCUCCUCUGGCUCCCUCUGUGAAGGUGAAGUUGAUCAAUUUCGGCUUUCACACGGCAGCAGAUUUGAUCGAUCUGCAACCAAUACAACUAUGCAAAGAAACAGGCAUCACUCAGGAAGAAGCAGUUGAGGUUUUGCAGACAUUGCGAGAUGAUGCCCAGCUUGACCAGCAGAGGGCAGCAACAGAAAGCCUAACAGCGCUGGACCUCCUGCACCAGGAACAGACUCAGGGCAGCAUAGUGACGUUCUGCUCAGAGCUCGACGCUCUUCUCGGAGGGGGGCUUCCCGUGGGAAAGACCACUGAGAUAUGUGGUGCUCCAGGCAUCGGAAAGAGCCAGCUGUGCAUCCAGCUGGCUGUGGACGUGCAGAUCCCGGUGUGUUUCGGAGGUUUGGGCGGGAAGGCUGUGUACAUCGACACAGAGGGCAGUUUUGUGGUCCAGCGCGUGGUGGACAUGGCAGAAGCUGCAGUAGAGCACUGUACUUUACUGGCUGAGGAUGAAGAGCAGCGAAAAGCACUGGAGGAAUUCACCACGGAGAAGAUUCUCUCCGGCAUCUUCCUCGUCCGUUGUCAUGGUUACGCAGACCUGCUGGCCGAGGCCUACCUCCUGCCGGACUUCCUGCUGAAGCACCCUGAGGUGAAGCUGGUGGUGAUUGACAGCAUCGCCUUUCCUUUCAGGCACGACUUUGACGACCUCUCUCAGAGGACCCGCCUCCUAAGCGGGCUCGGCCAGCAGCUAAUCCAGUUAGCCACCGAGCACAGCGCCGCCGUGGUGCUGACCAAUCAGAUUACAACCAAAGUCUUAAAUGGCCAAUCCAAGCUGGUUCCUGCUUUAGGUGAAAGUUGGGGUCAUGCAGCUACACAGAGGCUGAUCCUGCGCUGGGACGGAGCUAAAAGGUUGGCGUCUCUCUUCAAGUCCCCGAGCCAAAAGGAGGCCACUGUGGAGUAUCAGAUCACGGGUCAAGGUUUCAGAGAUUCCAGCGUUCCAGCUGAAGCUCAGCCCUGCAGCCCCGCGGCAGCAAACCACAGCAAGCGACCGCGCACGGCAGAGCAGCGCCGUUAAGGAACCCUUUCAGAACAGUACUUUUAUUAAAAAGAUGGUUCUUCAAGGGUUCUUUAGUAAAGGGAAUGGUUCUAUAUAGAGCCAUGAACACUGAAAGAAGCAUUUGCAUGCUGUAUAGUGAAAUGGUUCUUCAGACUGAUGGAGAAUGUG